AUGUCAAUAGCAGAUAAGUCAAUUUUAGUUCUUAAUAGCCUUGGUCUAAUGAUUGGCUCGGAUGUAAUAUACAGCGAGGGAGCAGUGAUGGACUUGUUGGCCACACUAAUUCGACUGUGUGAAGCUCAAACAACAAUUUUUUUGGCUGGAGAGCUUAGAAAUGAUGCUGUCCUUGAAUAUUUCUUAGAUUCUGCAAUGAAGGAGUUCAAUAUUGGGCGUGUUGAUCAAUCACAGUGGCAUCCAGAUUACUGCACUCCACGUGUCGUGAUAUAUGUUCUCGUGAAAAAGUGA